AAGAAAGACGAAAAUAUUCGCUUGUGGUUGGUUGACGUUUGCGUUUGGGUUCGCUUGCCUGGUGCCCAUCGAAAAAGUGUUUGCAUUCCCUCCGUCGUGCACUUUCUUUGUCGCUGGCUGCGAAAACAGUGCUAGGUGCAUUGGCAUCCGCCACCGGGAAGCUCCCCGCCGCCGUGUCCGCGUUCGAGCAGUUGCAUACCACCGUCCGAACGCUCUCCGAGGGUGUGCGCCGAUUCGCUGUCGGGGGCCGACGACGCACAGUUGGUAUGUCCCAGGAGGAGCACCCAGCAAUCGCUGCGGCUCCAUCCCUUCCGCACCUUGCACCGAUGCUGCAGUGCAUUGGCGCGGGGGGCGGUGAGACGGAUGGCGAUCCAACGGCAACACUGGCCGCGGCAGCAGCGGCCGCAUCGACCGCGUCCGCUAUCGCAGGUGUAUCCGUUGCGCUGACGGAGCCUGCGUCGGAUCCCACCAUCACGCCGCUCGGUCCAUCGCCGCCAGCCUCGAUCGUGAACGGUGCCGUGGGGCCCGAAGUAGCCGCCGCUGCCGCCGUCGGCGCGUUGCCAGACUUCCAGCACUACGACGAAAGCGAGGACGAUGCGGAGGAUCCGUACCAUUCAGAGUCGAUCAGCAUCGAGCGAAUACGGCAGUAUCUGUCCGACAAGCUCGGUUUCCAUACGGGGGACGGGUUCGAGAAUGAGAACGGUUCGGGUGGCGCUGCCCGACGGCGGGUGCUGGAAACGGUCGACAUUGACGGUGUGCUAAAGCACUGGAAGAGUGGAGGCUUCAAGAAGAUCGUCACCAUGGUCGGUGCCGGUAUAUCAACCUCCGCUGGCAUUCCAGACUUUCGCUCGCCCAACACGGGACUGUACAACAAUUUGAUGAAGUACAACCUGCCGUACCCGCAGGCCAUCUUUGAGCUGGAGUAUCUGCACCAGAACCCGAAACCGUUCUUCACGCUCGCCAAGGAGCUCUACCCGGGCACGUUCAAACCGACACCGUCGCACUACUUCGUCCGGCUGCUCGAGCAGAAGGGUUUGCUGGUGCGCCACUACACGCAGAACAUUGACACGCUGGAACGUAUCGCUGGCAUUCCGGAGGAUAAGAUAGUGGAGGCGCACGGCACAUUCUACACCAACCACUGUCUGGAGUGCAAGAUCGCGUACAGCUUGGAGUUUGUAAAAGAGAAAAUUUUCGCCGACGAAGUCCCGACCUGCCCGUGCGGUGGCGUGAUCAAACCGGACAUCGUGUUCUUUGGCGAGGGUCUGCCGGAGCGGUUUCACAUGCUGCCCCACCAGGACUUUGCCGAGUGCGAUCUGCUGAUCAUCAUGGGCACGUCGCUAACGGUGCAACCGUUCGCCUCCCUGGUCGAGUACGUCAACGACGAUUGCGUCCGGUUGCUGAUCAACCGGGAUAAGGUCGGGUGCAACAGUUUCGGCUUCCUCCGCUCGAUGGUGUUCGGCGAGGGGCUGUGCUUCGAUCUGCCCGGCAAUCGGCGUGACGUCGCCUGGACGGGUAACUGUGACGAUGGGUGCUUCUUCUUAGCCGACCAGCUCGGAUGGGGUGAUGAGUUGCGAAAGUUGGUCGAAACGGAGCACGCAAAGAUAAAACCGAUUCGACCAAUUCCCACGAACGCAAUAGCAGUGCCGGACGGCACGGUCGUUGAUAUGGAACCGACCACAGACAUUCACCAUACCGACGAUCACUGUCUGGUGGACGAUGCGGAAUGUUUGCUGCCGGAGGACGAACACUUUAACGAUGUUGCCGAUGGUCUUUCAGGGCAGGCCGGUGGUGUGGUGGUGUGUGCCGGCACCGGUGUUGAUGACAGCGAGGGAAGCGUCCAAGCAAUGGCCACCGAUCCGCACCACGACCACGAUGAACCGGCCGUGCUAGAGCCACAUCAUCCCAACCAUCCUCAUCACCAUCAUCAUCAUACUACGGAACCGAAUAGCCAUCAUCAUCAUCAUGCACAGCUGCACCAUCAUCAUGCCCAUCAUCAGCAUCAUCCCGAGCAGCAGCACCAGCAGCAGCACGAAAAGAUGGAGGAGCAUCAUGACGAUGAGGAGGUGGUGGUCGAGCAGCACCCGAAGACGACGACGAUGGAAGAUAAAACUUAACUCCAAAAGCUACUCCAACGGGGUAAGAAGAGGGGUCAGUCGCUGCAAUAGCUGCAUGCACGAUACACAAACACACCCCCACACCCACACCUUAACAAAGAAAUGCUGCGAUGCGAAGAGCAAAACGCUUCCACAAUUUACCACAAAACGAAACACGCGUCGGAGCAGAAAACAGAUAAGUAAACAUCAAUCCCUUCUUACAACUUUAUUCCAUUUUUCCGCGAUACGCUUUCGAGAAGUCAAGUCCUCCCCAACACGUUUGGUCCUUGGCUACAAACACUAGAAAUUUUGCUCCCUUUUUAAAGAACAGCACCACAUACCACAUGCUAAUUUCAGUUUUUAACAAAAGCCGAAAUUAAAGAUUAAGACACACAUACACACAAAAACAAGAAAAACAAAACAACAAACCGACGACAACUGUCCCUAAAACACGAUCGCGAUUGAAAUGAAUAUACAUAGGAUUAAAUCAAAGAAUUAGGGGAGUCAAACGGGAUAAGAGAGAGAGAGAGAGAGAGAGAGAGAGAGAGAGAGAGAGAGAGAGAGAGAGAGAGAUAUUUAAGGAUUCUUUAGCAAAGAUUAAGCGUUUUUCGUGUGUCUCUCCAUACUUGGGAAGCUUACCGAAAAGGUUAUAUUUUUACACACGCACUCCAAUUCGAUUCUAUUUCGGUUCUAAAAUAUUGUUUUUUGCAUUACAUCGCCGUCGUUAUGUAUGGGUUUUGCCGUUCAAUGUGUACUGAACAGUUCAAAUUGCCUUGCAUUGGUAGCGAUCGUUCUAUUUAAAAAAAAACAGGAUUUUGGCGGGCCACCACCUUUCUACAGCUCUGCGUAUAAGGGGGCGGCUUAGUCCCCUUUCUAUAUUUGAUCCCAUGGCGGGCUUGCUGAAGAGUCGCGUACGUACAGCUCGACGACUGUACCAAACUGAACCGAUGACCAACUUUUAAACAGUUUAAGUUUAUUGCAAAAAAAAAUAUAUCAUCCAAUACCGUACCACUGGUCAUAAAAUCUUAGCCCUCCCUCCCUCCCUCCCUUGUUGUCUGAACGGAAGACGCCGCAACAACGAUCAGCAAGCUUGUCCUUCGCAUUAUCCUUCCGACAGUUCUUGUGACAUUUUAAAAAUCAACUCAAUCGACGAUAAGUACGGAAUUGGAUUAUGAUGAUGAAAAGGUAAUAUAUUUUUUCCAGUUUCUUGCGUAAAGAAUGAAAACACUCUUUAUGAUGGAAAUAAUAGGGUAGAGGUUGGGUGAGAGUUGGUGAGAUUAUGACAAAAAACAGGGCUGAUCGAAUGGGAAGCGAUGGAUAGUUUUUACACGGAUGUAACGAUAAUUCAAAAUUUACAUAACUUCUGCUAGAACGCGUGCGCCUUUAAGCUUUUGGGUUGCGGUGGACAACAAAACUCAACGGAGAGGGUAGGCACGUGGACGUGACGGUAAAAAUGCGAGAAACCAAUUACACCGAAACACACACACACAUACAGACAAACAAGCAAACACGUGAUCGGACGAAAUGGAUAUAAAUAUUUAAAUAGAAGAAAGAAAACAUAGCGGUAUAUUAUUAUUUCUUUAUGCAGCAAACAAGCAGUCCAAUUUACGACGCAACUAUUUGUAAUAAACCUGGGGCUAAUACGAAUUCUACGACAGAACUUUA